AUGCGAUCCUGGCUACCUGAGCGGAGCCUCGGACCGCAGCCCUCGUGGCGGCUGUGGUACGCAGAAGCGAGCUUGGAAGCGCUAGAAAGGCUCUUUCGCGAGCAACAGCUCCCUGUCUAUGUUGGAAUUCUGGUCUUGUCUCCAGUGUCUGAAGAAAACGCUUCAUAUGAUCAUUGGACGGAACCGAUACGGGCUUGUUUUACGGAGCUCGAAAGCAUCCAGUUUGUUACACAAAAGUGUCAGCUCUCGCCUUUUGAGCUCGUGCAGUGCUUGCUCGGAGCUCGACAAGCCGGUUCAGCCCCGGCAGUUGCGCUGUCCCAAGAGGUGCACACACAAUCUCGGACAGGGUCCAGCGCUUCUGCCGCGGCUCACGUUGCCCCUGGUGGUCCAGCGUGUACUGCGCUCACCCGGGACCCGCAGCAACUCAUGGCUGUCGAUGCAAAGAGACGUUUCAUACUGCCGUUAGAGGAAGCGCUAUAUCGUCGACUGGGCCUGAUCGGACGGGGCCACCAGCCUCGUCUGGCUCGUCGACGAUACCGCAGACCGGUCUACGGCGAUGGAGCAUUUGUUAUUAUUGAUCUUGCGCUAUUGCAAGAAAAGCCAGAAAGCAAGUAUCGACAGCAGGUCACGAGAGGCCUUCAGAGGUUCACGGAUCGGCUCGAGUGGCAACUCACAUCCAUCAGCGGCACUGAUGCGCCGCUCUCGCCCGAGCUUGGUGUCGUUGAAGACACAGCGUGCCGUGUUUACACGGGAACCGCCACGUCGACUUUCCCGUGGUUGUAUCGAAACGUACUUCCUCAAGCUUACACGACCGCAGAAGAAUUUCAUGAUCCAUUAGAGCGUGCGGAGAACUUUUCGAUGCUCAUGGAUGCGCUGGGGUUUUUGAUGCGAGCACCCCGCGGCAAAUGCAUCGAAGACGCCUCACAGGAGACUCGAUCCUACUUGCAACCUAUGUGGAGCGCUCGGGCUGAUGCAGACACCCAGGCUGAGCAGCUUUCGUUUUACCGCUUUGAGUGGGGUGCUACUCAAGCAUCUCUCCUGCCACACGCAUGGUGGAAGAGAAUUCUGCCCCUUGUAUGGAAGCUGCACAGCACACCGACCGAUUCGUCUCUGCAGAUCGUGCUGCAGGUCAGGUACCAGGGACUAGCUGAUGAAGCUACCUCCCGGAAGCAUCGAUACAACACAUUACAACACUCGCCGUACACUAGGAAUCUUGUCGGAUUUUUCGGUUCUACGUCGGAGCUGCCGUUCUCGAGCACGCGGGUAAACGGCGCUCACGAUCAGAUUCCUUUCGUGUCGUUCGAGCAACCGCUUUGA